CGCAGAGAAGAUGUGAUCGCUGAACUAAUUGCCGAAGGCUUUGACGCGCUGCAGUUGGACGUGGCGAGCGAGGAGAGCAUAGCUGCCUGCCAUACAGAAGUCCAAGAUAGAACGGGAGGCAGGCUGGAUAUCCUGGUCAACAACGCCCGCCGCUCGCGCAGUGGACGAAUUCACAUCUCCCCCGCCACAGAUCUAUCCAUCCCAGACGUCCGCGCCAACUUCGACACGAACGUCUUCGGCAUCAUGGCGAUGGUCAAAGCCUUCGCGGACGAUCUCAUCGCGGCCCAAGGCCUAAUAAUGAACAUCUCCUCCUGCGCCGCCGUGACGCCGUACAUGUUCGCAUCGGUCUACUGCGCCAGCAAGGGCGCCGUCGCAAGCUACAGCCGCACUCUGAGGCAGGAGCUGCGACCGUUUGGGGUCCGCGUCAUGGUCGUCGUGGCGGGCACCGUCAAGUCCAGGAUCGCUGAGAAGCCGCAGCCCAGUCUCUCGCCGGGCUCGCUGUACGCGAAGAUGAGCGAUUUGUAUGAGCGAUACGUACACCUGAGCCAGGAGGAGGGGGCAACGGAUACAGAUGCUUUUGCGGAGGAGCUGGUUGGGAAUGCGCUGAAGCCUGAGGGCUGGCUUUUCGGGCGGUCGGAUUGGUUGUGGUGUGGUGGUAUGUCGAGGAAGAUAUGGUGGGCAUUACGACUGUUUGGGGAAUGGGUCAUUGAUUGGCAGACUUGGAAGAUGUUUGGGCUGGAGAAACUACAGAGAUUAGUCGAGGAUGAGAGAAUCGCGAACGAUGCAAAGCGCGACUAA